CAACUUAACGGGCCUGAACCUGCAAGGGCUCAUUCUGUCCGAGAAAUCCACCGGAAGUUGCAGAGAUGAAAUUCACAGAUUCGCCGGUGAUCGACCUUCCGGUGCUGGAUAAGCAGCUCUCCGUCCAGCAAGACAACGGAACGAUGCACGUGGGCACCAGCGUCUGGCCGUGCUCACUCGUCCUCGCCAAGUUCGCCGAGCGCUGGCACCCGCCGUCGUGCGCCGCCCCCGAAAACCCCUACGCCCAACUCCUCGACUUCAAAGACAAGAGCGGCGUGGAACUCGGAGCCGGAUGCGGAAUCGCCGCUAUGGGUCUGUUCUUAUUGGGCCUGAAAGACAUCGUCCUCACCGACAUCUCCCCCGUCAUGCCGGCCCUAAAGCACAACCUGAAGCGCAACAAGAAAGUUCUCGGAAAAUCGUUGAGGACGGCGGUUUUGUAUUGGAACAAGCCGGAUCAGAUCAGUGCAUUGGGGAAGCGGUUCGACUUCGUCAUCGCCACCGACGUGGUUUACCUGGAGGAAACGGUGGGCCCUCUCAUCUCCGCCAUGGAAUCUCUUCUCAAGGAACACGGCGUCGUUUUGCUUGGCUACCAGCUUCGAUCUCCCGAGGCGCACAGGAUGUUCUGGGACCUCUGCCCUGAGGUUUUUGAUGCCGAGAGAGUUCCACAAGAGCAUUUGCACCCAGAGUACGGUUACGAGGAGACCAGUGUAUACAUACUCCGGAAGAAGAAGAAGAAGAAGAAUGAGACAUCAUAGUCUCCAAUAUCAGGUUUUUUGUUUCAGGCCAGAUUCCAGUUUUCCCUCGGUUUCCUUGUCGAUUAUGUUCAUUUGUGAGCUAUUCCAUAGUUUUUGAAGUUCUUUGGUUGAUUGGGUCUAUGUUUAAGGUCUCAAGCAGAUUUAGGGAGUAAUUAUUUGUAGAAGAAGAAGAAGAACACAUUCACGAAGCAAAUGAUCUUCUAAUUGUUUAUCCAGAAAGUCUGUAUGAUUGUAUCAAACAUGACUGUGUUAGUAUAUUACUACGUAUUAUCUGCUAUUUCUGAAAUUCUUAAAGAGAAAUGGAGCCAUUACUACUAUCAUUUUCUCACUUUAAUGUGUGUUAUCGUUUUGAUAUAUGUGAACAAGGCAGAGACUGAAGG